AUGCUGUUGUGGGCUCUCGCGCUUGUUGGAUGCAUGGGCAUGUCAGUAGAGGCAGACGGAGUCCUUGCAGCACCUAAAAGAGCUGAAAAUGCAGCAACAUUAGCACCACUUUACUUGACCUUCCAUGGUUCAAGGCUGUCAGGAGAAAGCCAAAGCGAACCAGUGGCCGAAGGAAGCACAAAAAAGGGGACAGGACUAAAGAAGUUAAAGUGGCCUAAUGCGAAGAAAAUUCUUGGAAAAUCUCCUUCCCGCAGUAAUUCACGGGAGGCCAUUGUAUCAUCAGAAGAAUCUGAGGUAGAAACUGAAGCUGAAAAUUCUCCUACAGCCGGUGAUAAAAAGCGAAAAUCGCGUCUGAAAAUGCCGGCCCUACGCAAGAAAUUGACACGGCGGGGGAGGACACCUCGUGACACUGGUAAAAAGGAACAGAAUGAAGUGUACGAAUCAGUCGAGGCUGCAACCGCAGAUGGAGACUCAUGCUUACAUGCCGUGGCUCAAGCAGUCCUCCCACAGAGAGCCGCAUUUUUCCCUCAUGAGUUGCAGUUAGUUCGUCAGGGGCUGGCCUUGUAUGGCGCAGCUGUAAAAACUCUAGAGGAAUUAAAAGAGUCAACUGGCAUCUCCUCUCCACGCAAGCCCGGUAGCACUGUCAAGCUUCUAGAUGGCUAUCUCCACCUUGGGGAGCCUGUAUUUACUGUCGAAGCAGUAGAAGGCAGCAAAGCUUCUUUAGGAGGCGUUGAUAAAGCGGUUAACGUAGAAAAAGUUGUUUUGGCUGCAGAUUCUGUCGAGGCAGCGUUCGUGGACACAGCGCUUAGUGGAUCAUGGCAGUCUGUCGAGAAGGAGGACGCAGAUAUGCUCUCUCGUCUUCUAGAUUUUGCCGAGCAUAAUGGAUACGCAGAGGCCCUUGAGACCGGUAGAAAAACUGGAAACUUCAGUGGCCUUGCAAAAGCCUUGGCAGACAAAUCCAGCGUGAUUGAGACGUUGCAGGUUGUGUUGGCUCACCACGCACUACCCGGCUGUCUGUCUCUCAACCACGCCAACUUAAUGAUGCAGCCCAGUCUGCUCCUCGCGCGACUAUUGGAAAGACAUACGGCAGGAUCACCACUCGUGGGCCCAGUAAACGAAGAAAUAGCUGACAAUCAGCUGACGAGAGCAUACGUAGCUCCGAAGGCUACUCCAAUGCGCGAUGUACAGAAGCAGCCUGGAUUGGGGACACAGUGUCUAGCAGGAAUAUACUACGAGCUAGGCCUUCAAGCAGCAGGCGUUGAAACGCUAAGCUGUCAUUUGCGCUGGAAGCAAGAACACAGUGCAAAGGGUCGUCAGGGCUACAACCCCGCUUCACACGCCUUCUCUCAGGUGAUGCGGUCUGCAUGCAUAGCUGGACCUUCCAAGAAAAGCCAAACAGGCUUGCUACCUCCGGGAUCGCUAAGCGACUGCGAUUUUACAUGUUUGACCAAAGCCUCUUUGCGGAAGAGCUGGGCGAACAAGGAAACAGAACAAAAUAGGAGAAAGUAUCGGCCUAGUUCUCACUUUCUAAGAGUGGGCGACGCACUUCGCAUGACGACGCGGUAUUCGUAUGACGAAAUCGUCGAGCUUGACCAGAGGGUCGCUGCGGCUUGGCUCACAGGACAGCACCUUCUCGCCGCUUCUGAGAAGCAGACUGCAAAGCUAGAGGGUGAAAGUGUAUCUCGUGCUGAAAGUCAGGCUACACCAUCUUCCACUGAAGAACACUACUCACGAAGCUCAACCACAAGCUUGUCGCAGCCGACCACAGAGCUUACUGAGACGUUCGCACCACGCGAAUCAGAAUCAGCAGCGCUAUUGCAGGAUGGCUGGAAACGGCUGAAAAAUGACUCGAGCCAGCGUGAAACCCAUGAAAUGUUGCGCAGCUUUGUCACUGGAGGUAGCAUUAAUGUUAAUGCCUUGAACUUGCUAUCGACAGCCACUAUCUGCAAGAACCUCUUGGCGUCUGAACUCUCAAAUCCCACCUUGUUCGCACUAAGCGUUCUGACGAACGUCCGAGGUUAUAUCAACGACUCUGAGGCUGGGUUAGCGAGUUCGAAGAAACAGCGAAAGCUAGCGAAGGGGUCCGACGUAUUCGCAGCCUUGUACAGAUUUUUCUCUUGUGGACUUGAGGGAGACUUGCUGCCUCCGCUUUUUGCGCCAUUCGCUUCUACAGCCUUGCAAAUUGGAGCUUUCUUAAGGGUUGAACUCGAGGAAAGCACUGCUCUGCCAUGGGAAAGGGUGGUGCAGACUAUGGGAGAUGGUGUUUUCACGACGAAAGCUUACGUGAAGGCAGUGAAUCAUCUCCGAAAGAAGGCAGCUAGCUUCAUUGAAAAGUUUACACCUUGCACUGCGGAAGUUGAUGAUGCCACGGAUCUUCUGAUGCUUCCACAGUCUUCAAAAAGAAAAGCAGGGCUCAGAAAAAAGUUGGAGAAACUAUCAAAGAAAGCAAGGGGGAAGAAACGGCGAGCCAAUAAAGAAAUGUGUGAAACUUCGGCCGAACUCCAGCAGCUUGCUCGCAUGUUAGUGGUAUGGUGGGUUCUGGGACCUUCGCCGCAGAUAUCUAGCGAAGAGGCCUCGCCACAACCACCUACUACUGCCGACACUUUCCGUGGCGCUCGACUAGUUUUCGCCAGCCUUCUCUUUAACAAUGGUCAUGACCAGGCUAAGAUCGGCAUGGAACUCAUAAAAGCAAAAUGCAAAAUGAAUAAGUUUGACGUACCGGUGGGUUGGGCUAUAGGCGCAAAGAAGGGUGCCGCGGCUCCUCAACAGGUGACAUUCAAGGAUAUUUCGAGCGACAUUAAUGCCAGUCUAAUGUACCUUGAGUCACAAGCAGGUCUGCGAGACGUCCCAGACUGGGUAUUAACCCUGAAGGCAUCGCAACAGUUUGCUGAUGCUUGUGGCCGGCAAACAGUUGUCUCGCUUGCCGACUUGGCUUCGACAGAUUCAGCUAGCAUGAUUCUUAUGGGAUACCAGUGCAUCAAACUUCAAGAUGAAGGCAUUAAACUUAUUUCAAGCGUAUUCGGGAAGGCGUCUACGAAGGUAGACAAGGGCUAUCGUCAUGUACUCUUCCAAUUUCUCGGGGGCAUAAACUCAUGGAGAGUCUCGAACGCCACUUCUGGCCUUUCACAGGCAUUCGGAAAGUUUGCAAGCUCCUCGCAAGAGGCUGAGCAGCAGGCAGCACUGGCCGAGUGGAAUGGGAGCUUUCCAGCUGUUGCUUGUAAUUGGAAACGAAGCAAGAGAGCUCAAAAGGCCAUGGUCAAGCAAGCGACAAGUAUGUAA